AUGCAUGUCGUAAGCAUAUGUCAUGCUCUUGAGACCUACCCUACCCGCAAAAACGGAUCCGCUACAGUGUGCAACAUCUUGCGAGCACGAGCCUUUGAAGCGCGCUUGCCGGUUGCUGCAGAGAAAGCUGGUUUGGCGGGAGCAACACUUGCAGGGGGAGCAGGAGCAGCAGGGGCAGUGAGAACAGCAUUUGCAGAGGACCGUUCAGAGGGCGUGUCAACAGGAGCAGCAGGAGCAGCAGGAGCAGCAGGAGCAGCAAGAGCAGGAGGAGCAGCAGAAAAUACAGGACAAUCUUCAGCAGCAGGAUGCUCGCGUGUGCUGUGCGUAGAGCUGGUGGGAGACAGAUUCUUGCGACGGAUGGUGCGAGUGCUGGUGGCAAUGGUAGUGAGAGAGGCAGCAGCAGGGGGAGGUGACAACCGUGCCUCCCAACUUUGGCAUAUGGUGCGGGUGCUGGUGGCGACAGCAGUGAGGGAGGCAGCUGCAGGGGGAGGUGACAACUGUCUGCUGAGGCUGGCAGCGACAGGGGAGAGGCGGUCCACAGCCCCUCCUGCCCCUGCUGCUGGGCUGUGCCUCGUGGAUGUGGGCUACACUGAUGCUUUACCAACUCCGCUAUAA